AAGGAAAAGGAGAGGCCUUGUUUCACCCUCUUCCUCAUAUCCUCUCUCUCCCCACUCCCUCAAAUUCCAAAUUCCUCCCCCUUCACCCACACAUCUGCAAACUCACGCAACUCUCAGUAAAAAUAAAAUACAACUUACAAACCCCACCCCACCAUGGCUCUUUGCAACCAAGAAAGGAAAAAUGGGAGAGGCAAAAUUGAGAUCAAGAGAAUUGAGAGCACCACCAAUCGCCAAGUCACCUUCUGCAAACGCAGGAAUGGCCUCCUCAAGAAGGCCUACGAGCUCUCCGUGCUCUGCGAUGCCGAGGUCGCCCUCGUCGUCUUCUCCAGCCGCGGAAGGCUCUAUGAGUACUCCAACAACAGUGUUAGAUCAACUAUUGAUAGGUACAAGAAAGCAACUGCUGAUUCUACAAGUGCUGUGUCUACAUCCGAGGCUAACACCCAGUUUUAUCAGCAAGAAGCCAACAAGCUGCGUAGACAAAUAAGAGAUCUGCAGGCUUCAAACAGACAAAUGAUGGGAGAGGGAGUGACCAGUUUGCCACUGAAGGAUCUCAAGAGCAUGGAAGGCAAAGUGGAGAGAGCCAUUAGCCGAAUUCGUGCCAAGAAAAAUGAGUUGCUGUUUGCUGAGAUAGAGCUUAUGCAGAGGAGGGAAAUAGAGCUGCACAACGCUAACAUGUUUCUUCGAUCGAAGGUCACUACAUAUAUGUGUGUGUGUGUGUUUCGAAUAAUAAUGAUAAGUAGAUUGGGAAAAGGUGACUAUGUUUUUUGGUGGUUGGUGCAGAUAGCUGAGAGUGAGAGAGCACAGCAGCAGAUGAGUUUGAUGCCUGCAGAAGCUGAAUACAAUGAGCCAAUGACUUCUCAACCUUACGAUCCCCGAAGCUUCCUCCCCAUGAAUCUCAUGGAACCACCCUCCUACACCCGAUCUGACCAAACCCCGCUCCAACUCGUCUAAAAAACUUGGAGAUGGAUGAUGCUGUAAUUUCCUAUAUAUAUCUAUGGUUUUAUGGAAGUGAUGAUGAUCUAAAGUUAGGGGCUGACCAGCAGAUUUCUAUGUAAAACACUCACUACAUUUGAACUUAUUAUGAUAUUCUUCUUGUGGUAUUAGUCCUAACAAUAUGUAUAUAUAAUGUCCAAUUACACUGUGUUAUCAUAUCUUAUGUUUCUGGUUUAGUUCAACAACA